ACUUGUUUUCCCAUCUCUUAAUCUCUGAAGGUCUGUGCAGACUGAAGGGAUAUUAGGCUUUCUUGAUCUUCCACUACCUGAAUUAUUUCAAGUUCAAUACAUCUUAUGUUAAGUAAAGGUACCGACCCACAAUCUGUUCCUCUGUCUGUGCAUUGUCUGUUGAAGACCACAUGAAUAAUUGGAUAUUGAUGUCUGCUGAGCUUUCCUUCCAAACAAUGAAUUUGCCACCUUAAAAAAUAUACCAAAUUCAAGUUUAAAUAUUUUGACUCAAAGUAAUUAUUCCAGUGAUUGUAGAAUUAGAUCAGAAUUCUUGUGGUCUUUAAGAAUUGUGUAAAUGCAGUGGAUCACCUAUCUAAGCUGCAUGUACUAACAUUAAAAUGGAAAUGUUUGGUUGAGCACAGUGGAUUUUUUUUUCUGGUGUUUGUUAUUACCAAGAAAUGUUUUUACCAACUAUAAGGCACACUGACAGCACUAUUAAUCAUUUUGAACGGAACAUCUCGAGUUUCACACAUUAAAGUGCAUCUACAAGGACAGUGAAGAAUAUUAUAAAAUAAGAAAAGCCACAGUCAUUGAAAUCUAACCCUGAAGGCACAAUUUGUGAAAUACACCCUCAAAGUGAUUUAACAUGCACUUAGAAUGGUAUGUGGACACAGCAAAGUGAUCAAUCAUGAGAAUAAACUUACAUCUGUGUGCCAUUAAAUCUUAGAAAAUCUUUGCAAUUUGGAUUACUUCAGCUCUUAUUAAUUGAUCUUCGGAGUCACUGGCAACUAUUUGCACAGAGAGAAUUCAGGAAUCUCCCUGAGAGAUGUCGUCAAACCCAGAGCAAUGAAGUCAAGUCAAGAUCUGUGCAUAUUUAUGCCAGCAAAGUUAAACGCCCUCGUGUAGAAUGGGAAAACAUUAGCUGAAGGAAAACUAUAAACCCACUCUGAACCGCACAAAAUCAAGGUAUCACAUCAAGAUGUUGAUUGCCACCUACUGUCCUGAAAUAGCUAUUGUGCACCAUCUGGAAGGAACACCAAGGGUAACAGAGGCACAGAAUUUGCUCUUCAGAGGCCCGGGAGCCAUUGGAGCAAGAGGAGGAGUUACCCAAUCUGCAACGUUCCAUCACACUUCCAGGGAAGUGGCCUGGUUGAAGCUGCUUAUUGGUGGGAGCGGACCAGAGGAAGCAGCUGAUUGGGAGCAACCCCAGGCACUCGAUAGACCUAUAAUGAAAGACAUGAGUAUUGAAUUUGCCCAGAAAUGUAGUGAUCAGAUAAGUGAUAUUAAAUACAAAGAACGACACAUAAAGUCAAAAGGAAAGUAUACUUUUGUGCCAGAUACACCUCAACAACAAUGUAUGAAAAAAGCAACUACUCUUGUAUCUGAGACCAAAUACAAAGAAGAUAUGAAAAAAGAAAGUUCUAAAUGCUUGUAUGCACAGAUGCCCGCUACCAUUGAUACUGUGUUUGCUAAAGAAGUUUCUCAGGCUCAGAGUAAGAAACAAUACUUGCAAAAAUAUGAUGCAGAUAAAGGAAAAUCAAGUUAUUCGAACAUGAAAGAACUGCCGGAUGUUAAGCAUGCAAUGGAAGUCAAUAAACGACAAAGUGAUGUAUUGUACAAGAAAGAUGCAGAUACUAUUCACAGUUACACGGAGAUCGUCGAUAGACCAGAUAUUAAAAAAGCGACACAAACUACCAAGUUGGUUAGCAAUUUUGCAUAUAAAAAUAAAGCUAAAAGAGAGGCACAUAUGAAAACAUCUGCUAUUGGUAGACCGGACAUUGAACAUGCCAAGGAGGUUUCCAAAAUUACCAGCCAAGUUAACUAUAAAGAUAAAUUUAAUAAAGAGAUCAAAGGAAGGAGGCAUCAAUUCAAUCCCCAGGAGAGUGUUUCCUUCAAACAAUUGCAGGCAGCAUCUGUUCUUGCAAGUAAUGUUAAAUACAAGGCUGAUUUUCAAAAACUAAAAAGGACAUCAUCAAAUUUCCCCGAUUUGUUGCAUCUGGAACAUGCAUUGGCAGUCGGCAAAUUGCAAAGUGAUCACGAAUACAAGAAAGAGUUUGAGAAAAGCAAAGGUCAUUACCACUUGGCCCUUGAUACAUCUGAACAGCUUCAUCAUAAAGAGAAUGCAAUAAUCCAAAGCCAGAACAAAUACAGGGAAGACUAUGAAAAAAAUAAAGGGAAAUCAAUGCUGGAAUUUAUGGAGACUCCAAGUUAUGUGGCUGCAAAACAGGCACAACGCAUCCAGAAUGAGAAACACUACCGAAAAGAUUUUGAUGAAUUGAUCAAAGGCAGCAGGUCUGUUGAUCUUGAUAUGACCCCAGGUUACUUGCAUGCCAAACAUGUCACCAGUCUCCUUAAUAAGAAAGAAUAUACCAAAGAUUGGGAAAACAUCAAAGGAAAGGGUCUCACUUUGAUAGGAGACACCCCAGACAUGAUUCGAGUCAAGCAUGCAUCCCAGAUAUUCAAUGAGAAAGAAUAUAGAAAGGACUUUGAAGAAGGUAUAAAAGGAAAAGGGCUCACUCUCCUGGAUGAUACACUGAACAUAAUUCGAGUAAAAAAUGCAUCCCAGAUACUAAAUGAGAAAGAAUACAGAAAGGAUCUUGAAGUCCAUAUCAAAGGCAGAGGGAUGCAACUGUCUUCAGAUGUACUUGAUAUGAAACGUGCCAAGAAUGCAUCAGAAAUUGCCAGUCAGGUAAUGUAUAAGCAGACAUCUGAUUUGGGACAAAAUAAGUAUGGAACUGUAACUGACACACCAGAGUUGAUACAUGCUGCACAUGUAAAAGACAUUUACAGUCAGAAAAAAUAUAAAAGUGAAGCAGAAAAUAUGCUAAGUAUGUGCACUAUAACAUCAGAUUCUCCAGAAAUGGAAAGAGUUAAGAAAAACCAAAUAAAUCUUAGCCCAGUGCAUUAUAAAGGAGUGAUCGGCGCAGGUACAGCAGUAAAAGAAACUCCAGAAAUCAAACGUGUUAAAGAAAAUCAGCAAAAUAUUAGUAUGGUGAAUUACAAAGAUGAAAUUGGUCAAGGAACAGCAGUUCCAGAUCUUUAUGAUUUAGAACGUGUGAAAGGGAAUCAGAAGAACAUCAGCUUGGUCCAAUAUAAAGAAAGGGUUGGCACAGGGACAGCAGUCCCUGUUACUCUUGAGAUGGAGCGAGCCAAGAGAAAUCAGUCAAAUAUCAGUUCGGUGCUGUACAGUACUGGCCUGAAGGAAAUGAAAGGCAGACCGGUUCAGCUUUUUGACACUCCAGAAGUGAGACGUGUUCGUGAAACACAAAAUAAUAUCUCUAUGAUUAAAUAUCAUGAAGAUUUUGAAAAGGGAAAGGGAAAGGGUUUCACUUCUGUCUCCGAUGACUUGGUAACAGAGCGAGCAAGGAAGAACACUCAGUUUAUGAGUGAUGCAAUGUACAAAGGAGUGCAACCCCAUGUGGUGGAGAUGGAGAAAAACAGAUCGGGCAUCAUGGGAGAAUUUAAAGUAUGGCGUACUGAUCCUGGUUCCAUCUUUGACUUUGAUCCUCUUGAAGACAACAUUCAAUCCAGAAGUCUACACUUGCUCUCUGAAAAGGCAAAACGUUAUAGUAAACAGUCUCAGUCCACAGGUGUGGGUAGUAUAAGUGCUGGAGAUGAAAGGUCAGUGAUGACAGAGGUUAAUCCAACCUUCUCCAGCUACAGUGAAAAUACCCUGGAAGUAUCCGACGAAGGAGCUGCUGUGCUUCCUGGAGCUUACCAGCAGAUGCAUUCUCCUCAUUCUCCUGGAUAUGGUUAUAUGCAUCAGUCCAAUGUAUCCUCUGUGAGGCCACAACAUUCUCUCCCUCAUCAAAUUAAUAUGAGGACAUACCGAGCAAUGUACGAUUACACUGCUGCUGAUGAGGAUGAGGUUUCCUUCAAGGAUGGCGAUUAUAUCAUCAAUGUACAAGCAAUCGAUGAGGGGUGGAUGUACGGCACUGUGCAGAGAACAGGAAGAACUGGAAUGCUUCCAGCAAACUAUGUAGAACCUCUUCACUGAAUCCUGAUUCUCACCAUUUGUGCUUAAGCCUUUAUUUUUAUUACACUAAAUGGUAAUUAAAUAUCAAAAGGGAAAGAUAACUGUUAAGUAUAUUAAAAUCCUAUUUACUAUCUGAAUAGCUUUUCAUUAUUGUAUUAAUAAUGUAGACUUUCUAAGAAACUCUUCUUCCUACUGACUAAUCGUAUUGUUCCGAAGGAAAGCUCUCAUUACCACUGUUUCCUGCAGUCAGUAAGGCUUUUAAUAAUGUUGAUGUAUCAACAUUGAUUAUGCUAAUCUUUAACAGUAAAACAGAAACUUUCAGCGGAUGUGUUUGUGUUACAGGUUGUGAUCAGUUUUGAUCAUAACACACUCUACCACAAAUAUAUAACAAUGACUGUGUAAGGCUUAACUUUAGUUGCUUCUAUAGUAUUUGCAGAUUCUUGUGUUUGCAAAGUGUUUUAAGUUUUUAAAAAUCCAUCGUGAUGAUAAUGUGUGUUACAAAUGAUUGUGGGCUAAUUCUGGAGAGAUUUAAUACUAACAUGCAUAUUUGUAUUUUGCCUGUGAGAUGCACAAAGGUUACUAAUGUCAAAUGCAUAACAUGAAGUAUUUCCUUAGUGGAACUUUGUCUGUCUUCCUAUGCACUGUGGAUAUCUCAAGCACUUUCUUCACAUUGAAAUGAAUUAUCUGUGUAUAGGUUGCUUGAUAAUGUUUAAUUUCAGGUGAUUUUUCUUUUGCCUUUUUAGAUUUUGGAGUAAUUUGGGUUAUUAGAAAUUGAGAUUCCAUUGGAUGAAUGUCUGGGUUUGUUUGGUUUAACUUUGCUUGAUUUGGUUCUUGGUUUUGCAUGCUCUGUCUGCACUGUCUUGAUAGUCAAUAAUCCAGUUUAUUGAAUUGGUUAUAAGGUAGCUCUCAAUACUUUUAUCCUGGCAAAUGAACAAUUCUGUAUUACUGGUAUAACAAUGCGGUGACUAGUGCCACAAAGGACUUAAUAAAGAUAUUGUAGUAUGUUCA